GACAAGGGAAGAUCUUGGCCUUCAUCCUUCAUGAUUUACACAAACAUAUCAAAAGUUAUAUGGCACUGAAUUAUUAUAUUAGUUUCCUUCCUUUUUGGUUGUCAGCAACAAGAUCAACAAAUUGAAUCAAAUAGAAACAAAAUUUUCUCCUAUAACUAUGAGUUUGAAAUUCUGAACAGACUUCCAGGAAAAGGUUUCGCAAGUGCUGGAAUUAAAGUUAAAUGUAAGGUGGAUGUUGGUCAAAUUGAUUCAGAUCGCAAGCUUAUGCAGGCCCACACUUUUGAAGUAUUUGACUACAAUGGCAUCUAUCCCUGGCAAGACUUCAUUCCCUCACCGAAACUGACAGAAUUGUUUGAGAGAGAGGUCAAGGAUGUAAUUACAUUUCAACACAGGAAUGGGCAUGUCGAAGAUAUCAUGGCUCCAGCAGAUAUCUCCAAAUUUGCUUUGAACAUCUACAAAGGAAUUUUGAAUUUAUUUGAAUAUACCUUGAAGAUCGACCAGAAAAAUUACAAUUUAAAAGAGAAUGGCAUUGAAGGCAAGUGCAACACAACAUACCUCCUGAGAAGUGCAGAGAAAAAUGAUGAGAUCUUAGUGACCAAGUCAAAGGACUUAAAUGACUGUGAUGACAUGGUUUUAAAGGUUGUUGGUGCUGCAUAUACUACUCCAUGCAAGUUCUGUAGGCAGAAAAACAAGAAUUUUCGAGCCGCAGCUACAUAUAACUACAAAUUCAAGGAUACACAGAGGAGAGAGCGAGAGAAGCUGCUUCUGGAAGUGAAUAGCCUGGAAAUACGACAGUUCUCACCAUUCCAUGAGUUAAAUGGAGGAUAUGCCCUAAUGGAGGCCAGCCAGAAAAUGAUGUUCAUUGGUUCCCAGGAACGCUUGCCCAGAAUGCCUUCUAACUUGAAGAGAUAUGGAUCACUUCUAUAUCAUUUUAAAGAUGAACUUCCUCCACUUCCUGUCCAGUUACUGAAAAUCCAGAACCAAGAAAGAGAGAUUGAGGAAAUAUUGCAGUACUUGGCUGGCCACCCAAAUGAGAAAUUUCCACCUGAUGGUACAAUAAAAUUCCUGCAGCUUGUACAACUUUUGCGCACAGCAGAUAGGACAGAUUAUUUUGAUUUAUUCUUUAAACGACACUCUAGCCAGCCAGCAUAUAGGCGGGUUAUACUUGAUUUAAUUCCUGCUGUUGGCAAUCCAGUUGCAAUCAGAUUCUUAAGGCAUAAAAUGGAACAUGGAGAACUGACCAGCUUUGAAAUAUCACAAACUCUGCUUAUGUUCUUCCAUUUCUGCAAUGUCUCUCAAGAAGUAGUGGAAGAAGCUAUGAUCAUUGUGACAGAAGUUCUUAAAGGCCCUGAUAGUUGCUAUCGCAGACUUAUCACUCUUGGCUAUGGAUCACUACUUAACAGAUACUGUUCUGCGUCUGAUGUGUGCCCUGGCAAAUAUCUUAAGCCUCUGACUGAUUUUGCAACAAAAGCAGCGCAAUCAUCUGAUAUAGAAGGAAUACAGCUAGUUAUUAAGACCUAUGGAAAUGUGGGCCAUCAAGCUGUUUUGAAGCCGAUCAUGAAGUUCAUGCCAAAUUCUGCUUCUUCUUAUGAUCUCAGAACUCAAUUUAAUGCAAUAUUGGCUCUAAGAAAUCUUGGCAAAAAGGAUCCUGUACGGGUCCAAGGACUUACCCUUCAAAUAAUCCUAAACUACAAGAUUGAUGCUGCAAGCCGAGUGCUUGCUGCCAUGGUUCUGUUUGAAACCAAACCAACCCUUCCUGUGUUGAUGAUCUUGGCUAAUGCUAUGCUAAAUGAACCCAGCAUGCAGGUGGAAAAUUUUGUCUACACUCACCUGAGUGCAGUGGCCAGAUCCACAAAUCCUGAUUUACAUAUGAUGGCUUCUGCCAGUAGAGUGGCUCUCAAAGUACUCAGCACAAAAAUCCAACAGUCAGCAGGUUUUCGAUUCAGCAGAGUGUUCAUCUUGAGUGUAUUCAAAGAAUCUCUUAUGGCUGGUAUAGGAACUAAAUUUGUCUUUAUACAUAAACAUGGGAGCAUGUUUCCACUGUUUGUAAUGGCAAACUUCAAGGCAAACUUUCUUGGCAACAUCCUUUUUCCUUUGGAGGUGGGCAUUGGAUCUGAAAAAGUGCAUGAUGUCUUAGAAAAGGUAUAUGCAAGUGGCAGAGAUGUCAAUCCAUUCACUGAUCCAGAGGGUCUUCUCUCAAAGUUCUCUGACCAGAAAACAUCCCAUGGAUCCAAUAGCCCUAUUGGAGGAGGAUAUCUAAAAGUGUUUGGUCAAGAAAUCAUGACGGGGGCCUUGACAACUGAUAUGAUCUCAGAAAUGUUUCAGGCAUACCAAGGAAGAGCAAAAUCCCCCUUGCUAAAGGAAGUUGUGGAUAUUCUUAAAAAUCACAAUACCCUUCAGUGGGACAAGAAUGUUAUGACUGCAGAAAUCCAUCGUGUUGUGCCUACCUGUACUGGACUCCCAUGGCAAAUAAGCUUGGUUCAUAUUUCUAACACAAAAUUGGUUGGAAAUGCUCAGUUAUCGAUAACCCCUGAGCCAACAUCACAUUUGACUUUGCUAGACCUGAUUAAUAACAACCUUAAACUGGAAACCAAGCUGAGACUCAGCAUUUUUAAAGAUAUGUUCCUGACAAUGGGAGUUAUAACACCUGAAAUUCGGGCUGUACUGGAAGAAAAUGCCAAACUCGUUGUAAAUGUACCUCUGAAUAUUGACGUUACUCUAAAUAUUAAGGAAAAGAAUUUCAAAGUUGAACUUCCACCAUGCAAGCAGCAAACUGACAUCAUUUCUCUAAGGUUUAAGACAUCCGCUGUCACUUGCAAUAUUGAAGAGGCACCUGCUAGUAAGUCAACUCCUGUGUUUCUCCCUGAGACAAUGUCUAACAUAAUGAAGCAGUCCUUUGAUUCUUCAUCAGCUGAACAGGAUAGAACAAAGGAUGAACCUGCUUCAGAAAUCAGGUCAACGGAAAAGAUCUAUUCGCAAAAACAAUCAGAACGCCACUUAGAUUCAGUUCGACAUACUAUGUGCUUUGAGAUGUGUACAUUUGGAUGUAAGGCUUGCCUUGAAUCAUCAAAUGCAUAUGCUGGAUGUAUCCUAGGUGACUCUCUGUACAACAUAGUUGGUGAACAUGUUUUAAAAUUAACCCUGAAACAAGAUGAUACUAGAGCACCAAUUGAGAAGUUACAAUUCACAAUUCAAGGAGGUGCCCAUGCUGCUGCAGAGAAAGUGCGGCUGCUGAGGAAUGAAGAAAAGGAGAUAAGAAUUAGAAGAAUUGAGGAAACGACAAGCAACAGCGAUGAAUCAGACUCCAGCUCUGAAAGCUCAUCCAGAUGGCCUAGGGAUACAGAAAAAGACAUUAAUGAGCAUGAAGAAGAGCAGCAGGAACCUGGUCAGAAGCAUUACCAUAACCAAGAACAGUCCUCUGAGAAAAGGAAGCAGCCUUUAUCUCCUCAGCAUAGCAGCAGCAGCAGUAGCAGCAGUCAACAGCAACAACAAGAGAGGAGCAGCGACAGAAGUAAGAGAAACAGCAGGAGUAGCAGCUCCAGUAACAGCGACAGUAGCAGCAGUGAGAGCAGCCCUCAGGACAGUGAGAGCAGGGAAAGUAGCAGCAGCUCUCAAAGCACCAGCGAAAGCAGAUCCAACCAACAUUCUAAGAGAAGGACCCAAAGAUACCAGAACACAAAAUGGGACAAGAGUCAGUCAAGCAAAAGAAGGAGACCGUCUGAUGACAAGCAAGACAGGCAAAGUUUGGAUGACAUUUCUCCUCCAAAGAUACGAGGCCUAGAGUGGUCUGUGUUCAGCUUCAAAGAAAGCUAUCCCAACCAGGAAGACUCAGACAGUUCAUCAUCUUCCUCUGAAUCACAGAACAGCCGUCCCAGUGACACAAAGAGCAGCAGCAGCAGCAGUGAAUCAAGACCUUCCCAGCAGACUGAAAAUCAUGAGAAUGAACUUCUGCCUUACUUCACUGUUGUGGCUCAGGCACUUAGGCGUGACAACAAAGAUCAGGGCUACAAAUUGUCAAUGUACAUGAAUUAUGACAUCUACAAAAUCCACAGCAAAAUGGUUGCAACAGAGCUUGCCAAAACUAAGUGGAGGGCCUGUUUUGAUAGCCAGAUGUUACCUUACAGAUUCCAGAAUUACAUGAGCUGGGGUAAUGAAUGCCGGGAUUACAGAAUUGAAAUGAAGGUUUCCAGAGGCCAAGUUGCAAGACAUGCUGCCUUGCAAAUGAACAUGAAGUGGACCAAGCUUCCAACCUUAUUCAAGGAACAUGCUUCUCGGGUUAUGGAAUUCCUUCCUGGUAUUGCCUAUGUUUCAGGCUUUUCAGCACUUUAUCAGAAAAAUCCUUCCCGUGAGGUGAUGCUGAGAAUGAUUGCUUCAUCUCCAUAUACAACUGCUAUGAUCCUUAAAAUUCCUGGGGAAACCUUUUACAAGGAUGGUCUCUGUUCUCCAUUUAUUCUCCCAGUUGUUCCAAUUGAAUAUUACCAGCCUCCUCAAAUAACCUUCAACAUUUUAGAUUUAGCUUCAUGGUUAGCCAAAGGAGAUCAAGCUGUAUGUGAGGUGGGUGAAGAGAGGGUCGUAACCUUUGAUGACAAGAUAUUCAACACUACCCUCAGAAACCAAGAUUGUGACCUACUAGUUGUACAAGACUGCAACAAAAAUGCCAAUUAUAAACCAAAAUUCCGUUUAUGGACAAGCAGGUCCAAUCCUAAACUUCCAAGAGAGAUUCACCUCAAUUUGACUACUGUUUAUAUCAAAGUCUUACCUUCAUUGGAUGCAAUCGUUGUGCUAUGUAAUGAGAAAGCAGUACUAGUGGACAAAUUGAUGCAUGAAGAUUCUGCAGCAAAAAUUAAAAUUUACAGAAAUAAUACCACUGUUGCCAUUGAAGCUCCAGAGUACGGUUUAGUGAAUGUGACAUAUAAUGGUAACCUACUGAGAGUUACAGUUGCCCCAAAGAUGAAAGGUAACACCUGUGGAAUCUGUGGAGACAACAAUGGAGAAAAAAGAAAUGAAGGUCUGAUGCCAAAUCAAGAGCUGGCUGUAAAUGACAUUGAUUUUUUUCAUUCCUGGUCAUCAGCAGACAACUGUAUUACAGAAAAUGCACCAACCUCUCCUGAGCUUGAGAAGGCAGCAGCAGCAUAACUCUGAGGGACAAUAGACAGAACGUUUUGAAAACUGCCUUUACAAGCUCCUAUUAACUGGGCAAUUGGAUGGCCUCAUGAAGAACGUAAAAACCUAUGAAAAUAUAUAUGCAUUAAUUAAUGUUAAUAUAAACUAAUUUAAAUUAAAUGUUUGUGUACCUUGUGAAGUUCAUAAUAAAAACAUUGUGCAUUUAAUAAAAA